CCGAUGAGUACACCGUUCUCUCUUACAACAUUGGAGAGGAAGAGAAGGAGCUGGCUGUGUCACGGAUCAGCAAAUCCUUGAGGGUUUGAUAAAGAGAGAAUACCACUGUCACAGCGGGCUGAGUACACACUCGAAUCUCGAAUUACGGAAUCUGUGGAUGUAACCGAAUAUGGUGGUCAUCACACACUCAUGAUCAUUGAACCACCAGAGUCAAGAACAUGAGUGGAGUCUUGAAAAGAAAAUUUGCUGAGGUGGAUGAGGAGGACCCAUGUUACGCCUCUUCCUCAUCCUUCUCCUCCCCCUCCUCCUCUGCUUCCUUGGAAUGGGAGUCUGACGGAAUGAGCCUCUCAAGUGACGAUCAAGACUUCACACCCAGUAUCCCUGCCUCGCCCGCAACCAGUUUACCCAUUCGGUCCAUUUUGAAAAAGGCCAAGCCCACACGUCGCCAUGGCAGGGUCAGUUUUGACCUGGUGACGGUGUUCCUGUUCCAGCGCAGCCAGGGCUUCACCAGCGUGCCCAGCCGGGGGGGUGCCACCCUGGGCAUGUUGAGGAGGCACAGUUCCCUCCGCAGGUACACACUGGAAGAGCACGCCCUGGAUCGCCAGCACAGAUGCAGGGAGAGGCUCAGAGAAAGACUCAGACAGGAGAAACUUAAGGAACUGAGGAACAAAAUGACAACCAACGGAGCCAUACUUCUGGAGGAAGCUAACAGACCAUAUAUAGAUCAAGUCCCAGACGAGGACCUUAACAUCCACCUCAGUGAUGCUGACCUAGAAGAAGGGGGCUUCCUGCAUCCAUACCCAUCCAAGCAGAGACAAGCCCUGCUCAGGGCCGCAGGGGUAAAGCGUAUCGACAGGGAGGAGAAGAGACAGCUGCACGCUCUGCGUCUCUCCAGGGAGGAGUGUGGCUGCGACUGCCAGGGUUUCUGUGAGCCGGAGACGUGCGCAUGCAGCCUGGCAGGCAUCAAGUGCCAGAUGGACCGCUCCAGCUUCCCAUGCGGCUGCACAAGGGACGGCUGUGGCAACACUAAUGGCCGAGUGGAGUUCAACUCCAGACGUGUGCAGACUCACUACCUCCACACUGUCAUGAGGCUAGAAUUGGAGAGGAGACUGCAAGAUGAUGACACACCCAACUGCCUGGACCAGAAAAGGGUUCCACUCAAGGACCAGGAGAACCCGAAGGAAGAGGACCAAGACCAGGAUGAGCAACAGCAUGUCCAGGAGAAGAGCUGCCCCUUUGGGUUAACUACAGAGGAUAAUGGCCUUCAUCUCACAAUCCCCACCACCCCUAUGUUCCAUUUCAGUAUGGAGCUGGCUGUGGUGGGGGAAAACAGCUGCAGUAGUGACAUGUCCUGUUCCUCUGCCAACAGCGAAGACUCGGAGUCUGGGGGAACACCUCUUGUCAACCAGCCUCUGCUUGAGGAGGGGGAUGAAGGACUGGUCCGCAUGCUCAAACUCUCUGACUCAGAAACCGAGGACUGCUCUAUGGGAACUGACAGUGAGGCUAGGCACAUCAAACAGUCAUAUCAAUGUUUCAAUAACUCGGGGAAGUAUGCUGUCACAAACGCAGCCAAUUCUCACACCGACAAAAGUAUUGCCUCUUGCCAAGCAGAGUACCUAGAUGAAAAUGCUAACCAAGACGCCACACGGUUCGCUACCAGUCCUAUUCAAGAGUAUCCUAACACUCCCUCUCCUUCCAUUGACUACUCAUCAAACAGCUAUAUGGACCUCAGCCUCUCCUCAGAAUCAGACCUGGAGUUCUUUGACAACUUCCCUGACUAUAGUUCUGGCCCUCUUCACAAGUCUUUCAAAGGACACACUUACCCAGACAACUUUCACUAUCUGCAGUUGCUAAGCCCACCACAUCACCCACAGUACGAUGAGACAAGUACUCACCUCCUGGAGUCUUUGAUAGGCUUAUCUGAACCUACCCCAGAACCAAAUUCUUCGUUUACUGACAGUCAACUAUUUGAAGUGAUCCAGUAACCAACUGGCAAUGUUUCAUGAGAAGUGAUACACGCAUGGAUAUUAAUUAGCAUAAAACCUGAAUAGAGCACAGUUUUGUAUUUUUCUACAAUUUAUUACAUACCAUUUGUACAGUAAUUUUUAAGGACAUGUACUUUUAUACAUGUAUAUUUGUACUUUUUAGUAGGCUAAUUGUUUUAAAUGUGAUUGGAAAAGAGGAACAUUUGCUCAUGCUUACUCAUAUCUGAAAGUCAAAUAGUGUAUAACAUGCAUUAGAGAUGGAUAAUAUUGAUAUUGAUCUAUUGUCUAUCUAUAGCUCUAUUUAAUAUUUAAUACAUUGUUUGACAGUUUCUGCACUUAUUUAUCAGUCAAAAAAAGUAUAAUUUAUGAAUUUAUGGAGUGUCUGGUGGGUUUUAUUUAAAAUUGUUAUAAUUUAUGUUCAACAUGAAAAGGCUACUCAAUGGGAGUUUAAGAGAAGAGAUCUUUGUUUCCAAAUGAGUCUCAAACUUCAGCAGUUAGUCAAAUACCAGUGGUGCUGAGGGCAUUUAGAACUUACUUUAUAUAAUUUAAUAUUUGUAUUUAUUUGUUAGAGCAAUACAGAAUAAUUAAAUUAUCAUCAUUCUCAUUUAUUUAUACCCAGUGCUCUAGUUUAUAUAUAGCAAGGGCAUACAUGUCUAUUGUACUUAGUACCAGAUACAAAACGUAUAUUCUAUAUACAUUUAUUCUGUUUGUAUAAACACCAACUACAGAACCCAUCAUCACUGGGUGAAGUGUGUGAGAAAUGUCUCUAUGGACUGAUUUUUGUGUACCUGUGUGUUCCUCUUGGUCAGUCGAUAUUUUGUUUCAUUCCAAUAAAUAUUUUAUUUGUCAAUCA